AUCUCCCCCCCACACACACACCCCGCUCUGCUGCCGCGCCCCCCCCGCGGCCGUGCCGGUGCGGGACCAUGAAGGUGAAGGUGAUCUCGGUGCUGGAGGACAACUACAUGUACCUGGUGAUCGAGGAGAGCACCCGCGACGCCAUCGCCGUGGACGCCGCGGUCCCCAAAAGGUUGCUGGAGAUCGUCAGGAAGGAGGACGUGGUGCUCAGGGCCAUCCUCACCACCCACCACCACUGGGACCACGCGAGGGGCAACGAGGAGCUGGCGCGGCUGUGCCCGGGGCUCAGGGUGUUCGGGGCCGACCAGCGCAUCGGGGCCCUCACGGACACGGUGACACACGGCCAGGAGCUCACGUUCGGGGCCAUCCGGGUGAGGUGCCUCUUCACCCCCUGCCACACCUCAGGCCACAUGUGCUACUUCAUGUGGGAGGACGAUUCCCCGGAUGCUCCCGCUCUCUUCUCAGGUGACACCCUGUUCGUGGGAGGCUGUGGGCAGUUCUUCGAGGGGACAGCGGAGCAGAUGUUCACGAACCUCACCCAGAUCCUGGGGGCUCUGCCCAAGGACACGAAGGUGUUCUGUGGCCACGAAUGCACCGUCCGCAACCUCAAAUUCGCCCUGAAAGUGGAGCCGGAGAAUGAAAUGGUGAAGGAGAAACUCGCCUGGGCCAAGCAGCGGGAUGAGGAGGACCUGCCCACGGUGCCCUCGACGCUGCAGGAGGAGUUUCUCUACAACCCCUUCCUGAGGAUCAUGGAGGAGCCCGUGCAGAGGUUCACGGGCCAGACAGACCCCGUGGAGGUGCUGAGGACGCUCCGCACCGAGAGGGACAACUUCAAGAAGCCCAAGGAGAGGCCCAACCCCCCGGCCAUGCUGGCCUUCGACUGGGGGCUCUUCAGCCCCUUCCUCGAGAAGAAGUGACGUCCCUGCCGUGCUGGGGGUCCCUCCUGGCUGUGCCCAGCCUGGACUCGCUCCCAGCUGGGAGCUGGUGUUUGUCUUUAACCCGCUCUU